AUGACCGCAACAAGCCACUACAAUUCAAGCAACGCAGUAACCGUUUCUCAAACGAUCAACGCUGGAAAUCCAUUCGUUGACCUGUCUUAUUCAAUUAAUUUCUACGACAGUGCGGAUUACACAAACAAAGUUGAUUUUUCAUCGACAAGUAUCACUGUUGGAAACACUCUAUUCGCCCAGAUCGAAGCUCCAGAAUUGAUAAAUGACACCAAAUUCAUCGUCAAAAGAUGCACCGUCACUGAUAACACGGACGCUGGUUACAGUCUCAUGCUUGUCGACAAUUUUUGCCCCAUCGAUAAUGGACUGAAUUUUCGUUGGCGAUCCGAGUCGACGAGUGAUUCCGUUGUUCAAUUUGAGUAUACUAAUUUUAUAUUUCCUGGAAGCUCUGAAACGACCGAAAUGACGCUUGAUUGCGAGAUAAAUCUCUGUCAUGUUGACGAUUCGGAAUGCUUAAAAGGUUGUGAGAAGCACAUUUUGGUGUUCCCAAGGUACAUGGCAGAUGCUUACACGAUCUCUUCAAGUGGAGAAAUGACGGAUGUAUCGGUCAGUGCGCCUUCGACAAUUGACCCAACAACCAACAACUUUGCCCUCUACACUCACGGAAGCCAUUUUGCGGUCGUUCGUGGAGAAAUGUAUGUUUUCGGAGGAGGCUGGGGAGGAAUGGAAAGCGCGCAAAAGAUAGCGAUGCUGAAUGGGUGCGAGUUCACUGAGCUUCCAGUAAAAUUCACCUUUUAUUAUGGCGCUAAAGCUGCCGCAGUAGCCAUUGACGGUGGAAUGCAAGCACUUGUCUGCUUCGAUGAGAUGUAUAGCAAGGGCUCGCUAUGGAAAGUCCUAGAAUUUAUAUUUAAGGAGGGCAAAAGAUGUGAAGUAUUCGAUACUUUCACGACAACACCUACUUUUGUCCCGCAGUACCGUCAUGACUUUGGAAAAUUGGCUAUGUAUCAAGGCCAACCAACAUCCGUCAGUGGUAGUACCGCUCUGAAUGUUGGCCCCUUCAAGAAAGUAGAAACGUUGACUCCGACCGGCUGGACAAGCCUUGCUGAUCAUCCAAAAUCGAUUAGGACUCAUGUUUUAAUUGGUUUGGACAGUGGUGCAAUGAUUAUGGCUGGAGGACGCGAUGAUGAUCUUUCCGAUCUUACUCGAGAUAUUUGGCUGAUGAAAGAUGGAGCAUGGAGUCUCAUUGGGCUUCUUCAAGAGGCUUCAAAAGAAUCAUCAGCGUUGAGAAUCGAGAACGACAUCUUCAUCGUCUGUGGCGCGCAAUCAAGGGACACGCUGGACUUUUUUCCAAUCGAGAAAAUCAAAAUUGUUGACGACGAAAUCAUCAAUCAAGAAGUCAUCGGCGUUAAGACAAAUCAAAAUCACCAACCUGUUCUUUUCGAAGUCUCAGGCGAUUUUACUUGUUAA